AUGGAUGCUCUUGUCACUGGAAUAGAUAGAACCGCCGCCUAUCUCGACGACAUAUGGGUUACUGGCAGAACCUUCGGAAAACACAAUGCUCGACUAGAAGCCGCAUUCAAGGGGAUUCAAGACUACGGAUUCCGCGUUCGAUUCGACAAGUGUGCCUUCCUGCAGACGGAGAUCACCUAUCUUGGAUUCGUCAUCCACGCACAAGGACGACGCCCGAUCCAGAAAAGAUCGAAGAUCAGAAAAGAUCCAGAAGAUACCCGCUCCGAAAGAUGUCAGUCAACUUCGCUCUUUUCUGGGACUCAUCAAUUUCUACGGAAAAUUCGUCAAGGAUCUCCACAAUCUACGUGCUCCUUUGGACACUUACGAAAAAGAAUGUUGUCUACACAUGGACACCGGAGUCUCAGUCUUUCAUCGACAAGAUUAAGGCAAUCCUAA